CCCGCCUGCUGAGUGCGGACGUACCGAAAUAAAUCGAACAACGCUGUGAGCGAUCAGCAGUACGGUGCUUGCUGAAUGCGACAGCUUUGUCGUGUUAGGCAUGAUUAAAACGAGUUGUUGCUUUUCGUGGCAUUGCGCGAAAAGGAAACCGUGAUACGUGCUAAAAGACUGGACAACAGCAUCAACAAUACUUGGCGUUGCUCGCUGCCGAAGUUACGGAUGCAUAUGGAGGUGUCCCCGAACCGGCGCUGUCUGAACCAGCUCAACAGCUGAUCGGAGUACGAAGCGGCGGUGAACGGGGCCACUACUGCACCAACACCCCGCGAAGAAUACAAAGGGAGUCUUGUUAUACUGGUUACCAGCAAGCUUAAUUAAAUUUACUGAACAAACCUCAGUGUCCUGCGAGAAGUAAGUGGAGGAGGAGGAGGAGGAGAAAGAGGGCAAAACGUUUAACUUAUCUGGAUAAGCCAUCAUGGUCAAAACUUUUCAAGCGUACCUGCCCUCAUGCCAUCGCACUUAUUCCUGUAUUCACUGCCGUGCUCACCUCGCCAAUCACGACGAACUCAUUUCUAAGUCCUUCCAAGGCAGUCAAGGACGUGCUUACCUCUUUAAUUCUGUGGUGAAUGUGGGUUGCGGUCCUGCCGAGGAACGAGUUUUAUUAACCGGCCUCCAUGCUGUAGCUGAUAUCUAUUGCGAAUGCUGUAAAACCACCUUAGGGUGGAAAUAUGAGCACGCAUUUGAAUCAAGUCAGAAAUACAAAGAAGGCAAGUUUAUCAUAGAGCUUGCUCACAUGAUCAAGGAGAAUGGAUGGGAAUGAACCAUAAAGGGGGAUAAAAUCCCCUUUCUCCUCUCAGCAAAAAAAAAAAAACAAAAAAAACACAAACAUUACCCAGAAAUGCCUACGAUCUUGUAAUUUUUGCCCCCACCCCCUUUUUUUCCCACUCUGUCAAACCACCAACGAAAGUCUGUGAUUUCAUUUGUGAUUUAUAAUCUUAGUAAUAUUUCUGUUUUGGACAAUUUGAAGCCGAUUUCCGUUUCUCCGAUUGAUCCAACAUUAUUAUAAAUAUAUAUAUAUUAAAAAAAAAAGAAUAAAUAUAUGCUACGAUAGCGGCCGUUCCGCAAAAAAAAAUAAAUAAAUAAAUAAUUGCGCGCAACAGUCACACCGAGUAUUGUACAAAAGUUAUUUUUCAAAAAGAUAAGUAAAACAAAAGAGGAAGACAAGAAUUUGAUAAAAAGAAAAAAAAAAUAGGAAACAAAAUAAAGAAGAGAUAAAGAUUUAAAAAAAAAAAAAGGCGACGACGUAUUUACAAAGAUAUAUGGUGAACAUGAUGACGAAGGUGCCAUGGUGGGAAUAAAAUUUCGAGAAAGCUCCCUCACACGAGCUCUGGGGUGCCUCCCUAAUUUUUUUUUUUUUUUUUUUCCAAAUCCUUCAUCAGCGAUAAUAAAAUGGAAAUAAAAAAAUAAAAUUCACUUUGCGGGGGCACCCCAAAAUAUUCGACUUUAACAUAUAUAUAUAUAUAUAUAUAUAUAUAUAUAUAUAUAUAUAUAUAUAUAUAUAUAUAUAUAUAUAUAUUGUAUGUUAUAUUGGAGCAGCGCAAGUGCCACAGACUUUGCUGGACUGAUUGCCUGCCUACCGCGUCUAUCAUUGGAAUUUCACUGCCGAUAUUCCUAAUAUUAACUGAGAAAAUAAUUGCAUUCGCAUUUAGGCAAUGCAAAUUGUAGAAUUAGUUUAGCCUACAUUACAGCGUAAUUCAAAACCUGUACUAUAAUAUUAAUAAGAUUCGUAUAGAAACGUUAAGCUAAACUAAUUAGAUUUUAAGAAUACAAGAACAGGAGAGCAAGAGAAAAAAAAAGAGAGAGAGAGAGAAUAAGAGAACAGGUACGAGAAAAGGUCUGGAUAACGCGCGAAUGUUUAAAGAAAGAUUCUGUUGAAAAUUUGUGUAUGCUCGAAUUUUAUUUUACGUUCACUAUUGCCUGCCAAAAUUGUCUGAUUGUCUGCCAGUUGCCACUAAUAAUUAAUAAUAAUAAUAAUAAUAAUAAAAAGAAAAAAAAUAGUUAUGUCGUUUAGCGUAACGUGUUAUAUCGUAUAUAAUAUCUCGUCGGCUCUGCAGGGUGUGACAUGAGACUGAGUCUUUUCAUCCAAUCAUUAUUCGUAAAUCAUUCUAAAAUUUAAUACCUUCUCAUUAUAAUGAGAAUACUAAAAAUUAUCCAAUAGCAAAAUUUUUUUAUAACAAUAUAAGUUUUACCAUUAAUUAUAUAAUUAAUAUUUUUAAACAAUUGUAUUAAACAAAUAUUUUUAAACAAUUGUAUUAAACAAAUAUUUUUUAAAAAAUGUAUUAAGUAUUUAAAAAAUAUUACAAACAAUUUUUUUUUGUUAAAUAAAGAAAAAAAUUUCAAUCACAAAAAUUAAAUUGUGUUUAUAAAAAAAAAUGACUCUUCUCCACCCACAGAGCUUUUAAAAUAAUACGUAUAGAAAAAAAUUCUCAAAAUUCAAUUUUUUUUUUUUUGCAUUUUCUAAAUAAUUUGUGCUAAUCGAUUGUUGAAUUAGUGGAAACCAUUGUCUCUCAAUCUUAUAAAAGAAAUUUAACAACAAGAAGAAAUAAAAUAUCAUUGGAGCGAAUUAUCAACUUAUAAAUAAGUAACUAUUAAUAAUAAUUAACAGUCAAUAAUAUUAGUUAUUAAUAAUAAUAAUUAUUAUAAUACACUGAAAAAAAAAAUUGAUUUGAUCCAAAUACCGGUAUAUUUGGUUAUUAUCAAAUAAAUAUUCAAAUAUUAUAUAUUUGAUUCAAAUAAGAAAUAUUUGAUUCAAGUAAAUAUUUAUUUGAUAAUAACCAAAUACACCGGUAUUUGAAUCAAAUAAAUUUUUUUUUCAGUGUAACAAUUAUUAUUAUUAAAAAGAUAAUAAUUUAUUGAAUAUAAUUAUUAUUUGUAAAUAAUUAACAUUGCUAUUAAAUUCAUCAUGAGAAACACGAGGCGGAAUGUUUGAAUCUCUACACUUUAAAAAAAAGGCUCGUCUGAUUUUUUUUUUUUUUUUUGAUUAGAAAUAAAGACACUUGCAAAAUUAUGAAGAAAAAAGUGAAAAAAUUGUGUGAUCAGUUUAGAAUAUAUACAAUGUAUUUGCGUGAUGUUAUUGAUUGCAGGCAUACAUUUUUUAUACUCUGAAUUAAAAAAAUAUUUAGAUUUCUAGUUUAAAUUGUGAUUAGAUGUGAAAUUACACAUGAGUUUUUAUGCUCAUUUUUGUUUAAACUUAUUAUUUUUCAUUUUAGUAUUAAAAUAGUAAUUAACAAUAAUUAAAACACGAGAGUGAAAAAUUUGUCUUCAUUUAAAUAUAUUAUUUACGUAUAUGACACAUUGCAAUUUUUUAUAGGCAUAAGUUUUGAGCGACUUUAAAUUUUAAUAUUAGAGAAAUUACUAUUAAAAAAAUUGAUUUAUAUAUUAUAUAUAGUUUGAAAAGAACUGUUGUAAAUUAUAGAUAACAAUUAUUCAUUGUUUUUUUUUUUUUUUUACAUUUUAUCAAUGGGAAGCAAAUAUAUAUAAAAUUCAAAUUUAGAAAAUUUACAUUUUAUUAAAUUUAAAUUAAAUUAAAUUUCAAAUAAUUUAUUUAUAAUUAAAAUAAUUAUUAUAUAAUUAUUAUACAAUAAUUAUUAUAAUUUAACAAUAAUACAAAAAAAUAAUUUAAUUAAUUCAGAUUUAAUAAUGUAAAUUGCCUAACAAAAAUUUUAUUUUGAUUUCAAAUUGAUAAAAGAUUUCGCAUUUUGUGAAUGAUAGUUUAAUGCGACGUUGCACAUACUUCUUGAGAAAAAGAAAAUAUUCUUUAAUGAACAUUAAAAAAACAAAAACAAAAAACAACUGUGUGAACAAAAAAGAAAAUUGUGAAAUAAUGAAACAAUUGUAUGAAUGAACGUGUGCCGGCCUAAUUCUCGCGCUGUCUGUCAAAGAGUACUUUUUAUAUUAAUGUGCUGAUGUUUCCAUCCACAUUUUCACUUGGUCCAUAUAUCAUUACUCAAAAUCAUCCCAACGUUCAUCUUAUAUCCAUAUACCACCCCCACCUUUCUCCGAAUAUCAUCAUUAUCAAAAGCUCGCAAUCAUCGUCACACGAUUUUGCUUUGUAAAAUAAUGUUCGUAAUAAAAAAAAUACAAAAUAUUUA